CUCCCCUUCCCCACCUCUUCCCAUUGCCAAGCAAGAGAGAAACGCACGCGAGCCGCGAGCAGAACAGAGCAGCGCGGCGCCAUCCCGAUCUCGCUAUUUCCCUUCUCCCCCGAUGCGAUCUCGCCGAACCCUAAUCCCCACGCCCGACGCCCGGCCGUCGCCGGAGCCCUAGCCCCGAAUGCGGCGGUGACGCGCGGCGUGCCACCACCACCACCUCAGCGCCCGCGCCCGCGCCCGCGCCCGCCACCGACCGUCCUGCCCGGCCGACACCAGCUGCCAUGGGCGCCGCCGACAAGUGGCUGCUCCCGCUCGUCUCCGUCUCCUUCGUCUCGCUCCUGCUCUUCCUCUCCGCGCUCUCGGGCUUCUCCGCCUCCUCCGCACUCUUCGCGCGCCUCCCGCCACCCUCCUACGUGCGCCGAGGCGCCGCCGCACCGCCCUCCUUCGCCUACCUGCUCGCGGGCGGCCGGGGGGACGGCAGGAAGCUCCUGCGGCUGCUCCUCGCCGUCUACCACCCCAGGAACCGCUACCUGCUCCACCUCUCCGCCGACGCGCCGGCCUCCGAGCGCGCCGAGCUCGCCGCGGCCGUCGCGCGCGCCGCUCCCGCCGUGCGCGCCUUCUCGAACGUCGAUGUCGUGGGCAGGCCCACCGCGGGCACCCCAAUGGGAUCCUCCGGCCUCGCCGCCACGCUCCGUGCGGCCGCCGCGAUGCUCCGGCUGGAUGCGGAGUGGGACUGGUUCAUCACGCUCAACGCCGCCGACUACCCCCUUCUCACCCAGGACGACUUGAUCCAUGUUUUCUCCUCUGUUCCAAGGCACCUCAACUUUAUUGAUCACACCAGUGACAUUGGAUGGAAAGAGUCUCAGAGAGUGCAGCCGAUUAUAGUAGAUGCUGGAGUGUAUUUGGCAGGGAGGAAUCAGUUCUUCCAAGCCACAGAGAAACGGGACACUCCUGAUAGUUUCAAAUUUUUCACAGGUUCUCCAUGGGUCAUUUUAAACAGACGCUUUGUUGAGUAUUGUAUUUUUGGCUGGGAGAAUCUCCCUAGAACACUCCUCAUGUACUUGACAAACGUGAUGCUACCUCUCGAGGGGUAUUUCCAUUCGGUUGCAUGCAACUCGGACUUCCGCAAUUUCACAGUGAACAACGACUUGCGGUAUAUGAUUUGGGACAAUCCACCUCAGAUGGAGCCCCAUUUCCUAAAUGUUACACAUUACGAUGAGCUAGUAGGGACUGGGGUUCCUUUUGCCCGGAAGUUUAAGGAGAAUGAACCCUUGUUGGACAAGAUUGAUGAUCAAGUGCUUCGACGAUGGCAUCAGAGACCUGUUCCUGGUGCGUGGUGCACAGGCAGGAGGAGGUGGUUCAGUGAUCCUUGCUCCCAGUGGAGCAACGUCAACAUUGUAAGACCUGGUCCUCAAGCUGAGAAGUUCCGAACAUAUAUAAACCAGAUUAUGGAAGAAUCAAAGUCAGGCAACAACUCUUGCAAGCAAUAGCGGUUGAAGCAUUGAGAUUGUCUCAUUUUGCACAGAGGAGAGGAGCGAACUCCCCAUGUCUCGAGAACUUCCUGGCAUCUGGUUCGGGAGCAAGCAUUUUUGCACCUGUUAUAUGAACACACGGCCAAGGUGAGAGAUGGGUCUAUUCUUUCCGGAAUUUUUUUGGUGUCAUGGCUUCAAGGGCUUAGUGCACACUAGCAUUACUGGAAGCCAAGAGAGCUUACUGUGGGAAUACGGAAGCUAAUAGGCAUUGUAAUUAGUAGCGGUGAGUUGAAUGACCGGUGCCUUUGUUUAUAGAACUGGUGGAAUUGUUGGCGCUUCCAUACAGAAUUGAGAAAAUGAAGAACUGGGGAUGUUAUUGAUUGGUUGGUCAUGGCUGUGGCUGUUGUGGACACGUGUGGUUAAUACAAUGCUUUACUGAUUUUCCCA